AUGUCACCAGAUACUUCACUGGAGACUGCGGAAUCGAGGCGACAAAAAGCGUUAGCAGCUGUGCAGAUCAAAGGCAGCGCCCUCGAAUAUUUGGCCAAGGAGUUGAAGCAGGAUAAAGAGGUGGUUUUGGCAGCGGUGCGGCAGAGCGGCCUCGCCUUGGAGCAUGCUGCCGACGAUUUGAAGAGCGACAGAGAAGUGGUCCUUGCGGCUGUGCAGAACCACGGGUUGGCCUUGAAGUUUGCGACAAAGGACCGGAAGGAGGACAAGGAUAUAGUGCUGGCAGCUGUGCAAAAGAACGGCGGUGUGCUAGAACAUGCUGCAAAGGAAUUGAAGCUGGACAAAGAAGUAGUUUUCGCAGCAGUAAAACAAAGCGGCCGCGCCUUGGAGCAUGCUGCCGAUGAGUUGAAGAGCGACCGAGAAGUUGUCCUGGCAGCUGUGCAGACCAAUGGCCCUGCCCUGUUGCAUGCGGCACAGGUGCUCAAGACUGACAAGGGGUUUGUGUUGGAAGCGGUUCAGAAGAGUGGCCUUGCACUGGAGCAUGCAGCUGCGAAGCUGCAGGGCGACAGAGAGGUGGUUUUGGCAGCAGUGCAGCAGAAUGGCCAGGCCAUGUUGCAUGCUGCACAGGAGCUCAAGGUUGAUAAAGAGUUUGUUCUGACAGCUGUGCAGAAGAACAUCGACGGCGGCGCCUUGGGACAUGUGGCACAAGAGUUGAAGCUCGAUACGCGGGUGGUUUUGGCAGCUGUGCAGACGAACGGCUUUGCCUUGGAACAUGCUGCCCAGGAGCUGAAGGCGGACAAGCUCUUUGUGCUAGAAGCUGUCCAGGCCAGUUACCGCGCCUUGAAGUAUGCAGUCCAGAGACUGCGGGGCGACAGAGAGGUGGUGACCGCAGCUAUGCGGAAGAGCGGCCUGGGCUUAGAAUAUGUGGCACAGGAGCUGAAGCUUGACAAAAAGCUAGUGCUCGGAGCUGUGCAGAAGAGCGGAACUGCCUUGGAGUUUGCGGCCGCUGAUUUAAAGCGCGACAAAGAGGUGGUGCUGGCGGCUGUGCAGAAGUGCGGAACUGCCUUGGAGUUUGCGGCCGCUGAUUUAAAGCGGGACAAAGACGUGGUGCUGGCGGCUGUGCAGAAUUGCGGAACUGCCUUGGAGUUUGCGGCCGCUGAUUUAAAGCGCGACAGAGGGGUGGUCCUAGCGGCCUUGCGCAAGAAUGGCUUUGCCUUGAAACAUGCUUCCGAUGACUUCAGGAGCGACCGAGAAGUGGUCCUGGCAGCUGUGCAGAACGAUGGUAUGGCCUUGCAGUAUGCAACAGAGGAGCUGAGGAUGGAUCUGGACAUUGUGCUUGCUGCCGUGCGGGAGAAUGGCUUUGCUGCCCGGGUCGCCUCCAAAAAAGUCUUAUUCACCCCCCCAUUCAUGCUGGAAUUGGUCAAGGCCACCAAAGCUCCGUGGCUCCUCACCUGGUCGCCGAAGUUUAUCCAAGAAAAUGCAGCCAUCGCUAAGGCUGCCGGCAGCGGCUUGGUCUUCACAUGGUACAACAGCCUGACCUGCUUCCAGCGCAUGCGCCACGGCUUUGUGGCCACUGGCGCUUCGGUUCCUGGAGGACAGGCCUACGAUCAAGUGAUGGAGAGGCUCAGGGCGGAAGGCCGGGGUGGUGCGGCCACCGUUUGGUUUGGAGACGAGCCCGUCUUCGGAUUUGCCAACGACGAUGGGACCUGGUUGCAUCCCAGCGACGAGUGCGGUCGCGACGAGGUUCCCAUGCCAGGUGCAGGAUCUCGGCACCACAUGUGGAAUUCGGUGGUGGAGUCGCGAAGUACAAGGUUUGCUCCAACAGAAGGUGGCAAAUACAAGUGCUGGUGCUGCCAUUGGCUUCGGGAAGUGAAGCGCCAGCAUGCCCAGGGCGCUGUGAUUUGCUGCACUGUCUCUAACAUUUUUACUCCGGAGUGGGUGUCAAGAUAUAGUGCUGGCUCCUCGGAGCUCAGCGAUGCGCAGGCAGACAAAUUCGGGUUGCAAAAGGAACGCUUCAAGAACUGUCCUGAUGGUCUCCCGCCUGGUUGGGGCGAAGGCGAAAUUACCAUUUCCGAUGGCUCUAAGUUUGCAAGGAAGGCACCCAUCCACGAGAGGACAAAGCUGCCUCUGGGGCAAGGCUGCCGCUGGGAGCGCAGCGUGCUCGAUAAGUUGGACUUUCCAGUCUUUGCCUUCUUCAUGCCGUGA